UCGUGAUGAAGUCUGAAGUGAAUCUUUCGUUGUGGUUCAUGUCUAGCUUCGGCAAUGGUGCAUUCACGGGCUACGGCGCCCGUCGCUCUGUGGCGGCUCGCGUUCGUCGUCCUGCUGACGCAUUUCGUCGUCGCCGUCGCCGCCGCCGCCGCCCUCGACGUCGCGGCGAAGCCGUGCCACUCGGCGUCCGUCGACGCCGACGACGGGUGCCUGAGCUGGCGCGUCAUGGUGGAGGCGAACAACGCCAGGGGGUGGCGCACGGUGCCCGCGCCGUGCGUUGCCUACGUCAGGGGCUACAUGACGCGGGGCCAGUACGGCAGGGACCUGAGCAGCGUCAUGGACCAGGUCGCCGCCUACGUCGACACCGUCGAGGCCGACGCCGACGGCCUCGACGCCUGGAUCCUUGACAUCGACGACACAUGCCUCUCUAACCUGCUCUACUACGAAGCCAAGCAGUUCGGGGCCUAUGAUCCCUCGGCCUUCAAGAUGUGGGCUACCAAAGGGGCUUGUCCGGGGAUACCUGCGGUUCUUGAGUUGUUUGCCACAUUGCAGGCCAAGGGGUUCAAAGUUUUCCUUCUUUCCGGAAGGGAUGAAGAGACGCUGGCCACUUGCACAUCAGAUAAUCUCGAGUCAGAGGGGUUCUUAGGGUAUGAGAGGCUCAUCAUGAGGAGCCCGGACUACCGUGGACAGAGCUCGUCGCUGUUCAAGUCGGCGAUGAGGAAGCGGCUGGUGGAGGAGGAGGGCUACAGGAUCCGCGGCAACGUCGGCGACCAGUGGAGCGACCUGCAGGGCGACUACGUCGGCGACCGCGUCUUCAAGAUCCCCAACCCCAUGUACUACGUCCCGUGAAAAGCCGAACGCACUGCAGGAUCGCCGCAUCGAUCCAUCGAUCGCGAGGGCUCAUCGGGGAGUCGUGUAAACGAGCGGCCAACGCAGCCCAGAUGCCCAACGCAAGAAUAUCAGCUACUGCUAGUUGUUACACAUUUCUUGAUGCUUUAUUGUGCAAGGGAGAUGAUGCAUUA